AAUCAGAAACCAGUUUGUGUGUAUCUCCUUGAAAAUGCCACCAUCAACGUAUUUGACUGCAUCGACAACAACACAGGCCAAAGAGACAUUUACUACAUACAGAAAGGGCGGAUCGAGGACUCUGUUCAGUUCCGGGAGACUCGACGAACACCGAGACAACAACCAACCUACAACCAACAACCAAACUGGCGUCCCCCCCAUUACUCUCCCCCCCCUCCUCCUCCGAAUCUUCCUCCGACGAAGAUGAAGAAGAGAACAGGAACAACCAACGCACAGACAUGAAAACAGACAGAUACAUUGAAAUUUUAGGUUCAAGAAGAACAGUCACAGAUACCGAAUUAAAAGAACUUGCCAACAAGCUACGAUUUGAAGACGAUAAAUAUAGAAAAUUAGCACUACACUUGGAAGUAAGCCAGGUUGAUAUAGACAGGAUCAGGAAGGAGUAUGAGAGAAAGGACAGGACAGAUAUGAUCUUUGCUAUCCUCAAAGUCUGGAAGUCAGCAUCUGGGGAGCCCUCAGUUAGUAACCUGGGUCAUGGUUUAGAACAUUGUAAUCUGAAGAAAUUUGUCACUGAAACAUUGAAUCCUUAGAAUGUCUGUGUGUGAGCUGUCCAUCUUAUAUGUUCACAUCAGUGCUCAUGUUGGUCAGUUGUAACCAGCUGAUAGGGUGAGCUCUCUGUGUUGUACAUUCACAUAAGUGCUCACCUUGGUCAGUUGUAACCAGCUGAUAGGGUGAGCUGUCUGUGUUGUACAUCCACAUAUGUCUCUCUGGUGUCAGUUGUAACCAGCUGGGGUGAACUUUCUGUGUUGUACAGGCACAUGUGUCUAACUGGUGUCAGUUGUCAACAACUGGUAGUGUGAGCUGUCUGUGUUGUACAUUCACAUAAGUGCUCAUCUUGGUCAGUUGUAACCAGCUGAUAGGGUGAGCUCUCUGUGUUGUACAUUAACAUAAGUGCUCACCUUGGUCAGUUGUAACCAGCUGAUAGGGUGAGCUGUCUGUGUUGUACAUUCACAUAUGUCUCU